UCAGCGCCCGCAUCGCCUCCGUUUGAAGUCGAGCGGGGAAAAUGUCGGCGGCGCCGGUCGCGGCUUCGCUGUCUGGGGACGGAGCGAUCGUUCCCGGCGGUUCCUCCGUUCCUCCCAACCCUUCCAAACCCCGCCCUUCCCGGAUCCCAGUCCUCAGGGCCCCGCUCAAGCGCCCUGCAACGGGGCAGGAGGCGGCGGUGCCGGCGCAGAAACGCUCUCGGCUCGGCUCCGCGGCCUCCGGCACUUCCCGGGCUCCCGGAGGGGCUCGGGCACCUCUCAGUGUAGCGGCCGCAACGAGGCCCGGACGCCCCCGAAAAGCUGCCACCACAGCAUCUGCCCCACGGGCGGGUGCCCCCCCCUCGGUUUCCUCCGCCCUCCCCCGCUCCAAACGUCCCCCCUGGGACCUCAAGGGACAAAUCCUGGAGCUGAGUGGGGUCCUGGGGGGUGUCCGGGACCAGAAUCAGAUCCUGGAGGGGGAGAACCGGGACCUUCGGGAGAGGCUGCAGAACAAGGAGAAGGAGCUGCAGGAGAGGGAGGAGCAGCUACGGGGGGUGUCCCAGCAACUUCUGGGGUGCCAGGAGGAGUUGAGGCACUGGAAGGCGGAGGUGGAGGCGCUGAGGGAGUUGAAGCUGUGGCUGCAGGAGGAGAAAGAGAGGAGAGAGAGGGAGCUGGAGGAGAGGCUGCGUGAGACGGAGGCGGCGCUGGGGGAGGCUCAGAGGCAGCUGAGGCAGCAGGGGCAGAGCUUGGAGCUGCAGGGGCUGAGGAUCCAUCACCUGGAGAUGGAGAGGAGGAACCUCCACAACGCCCUGAUGGAGCUCAAGGGCAACAUUCGGGUUUUCUGCAGGGUCCGCCCCGUGCUGCCCGAGGAGGGGGGGGCUCAGAGGCCCCUGGAUCACCUCCACUUCCCCCCCCAGGACCCUAAGACCCUCGUUCUCUGCAGGAGUGAAGAGUCCCACGUGGGGCGGGAACACCACGGAGAUAUCCGCUACAGCUUCAGCUUUGACCGCGUCUUUCCCCCAGGAGCUUCCCAGGAGGAAAUUUUCCAGGAAGUUUCCCUCCUGGUCCAGUCUGCCCUGGAUGGGUACCACGUCUGCAUCUUUGCCUAUGGACAAACUGGCAGUGGGAAAACUUUCACCAUGGAGGGACCCCCAGAACCCAGGGACCCCAAAACCCAUGGCCUCAUCCCCAGAGCUGUGGGGCAGCUCUUCCAGGAGGCUCAGGACCUCAAGGAAAAAGGCUGGGAGUACGAGUUCAGUGUCAGCUUCCUGGAGAUCUACAGAGAGACCCUGAGGGACCUUUUGGGUCCGGGGGGUUCCAAGCUGGAGAUCCGUAGGGUCAGCACCACCUCCGAGGAGCUCCACAUCCCAAACCUGUGCUGUGUCCCUGUCACCUCCCAGCAGGAGGUGCUGGGGCUGCUGCAGAGGGCAGGGGCUCAGCGGGCGGUGGGGAGGACGGCGCAGAAUGAGCGCUCGUCCCGCAGCCACGGGGUGUUCCAGCUCCACAUCCACGGGAAAAACCUCGGCAGGGACCUCGAGUGCUCCUCUCUCCUUUCCUUGGUGGAUCUGGCUGGGAGUGAACGUUUGGAUAAAUCCCUUUCCUGGGGGCAGAGGCUGAGGGAGACCCAGAGCAUCAACACCUCCCUCAGCACCCUGGGGCUUGUCAUCAACGCCCUCAGCAACAAGGAACCCCACAUCCCAUACAGGAACAGCAAACUCACCUACUUGCUGCAGAACUCCCUGGGGGGCUCGGCCAAAAUGUUGAUGAUUGUGAACAUUUCCCCCCUGGAGGAAAACUUCUCCGAGUCCCUCAAUUCCCUGCGUUUUGCCAGCAAGGUGAAUGAAUGCAUGGUGGGAACGGCCCACGCCAACCGGAAGUAGCGUCAUCCAACCCCGCCCCCUUUUGAGAAGCCCCAAAGAGCUGUGCUGAUUGGUUGAGAACGGUCACGUGUCCCCGGGAGGCAGGGAGGGAAAAUGGCGGCGCCCUCCAAAUCGGCCCAAACCUCCCCAGAUUUAGUGCGAGGGGGGCGUUGAAAUUA